CGUGAUCUGGUCCACCCACAUGAUGACUGGUAUAUUAUUUGCUCUUUGCUCGAGUCUUACAAAGCAAAGAACAGAAGGCUAUAUGACAAUGGGUAAUACCAUGUAAAGUUGAGUGAAGUAUAUAGCCACAUAGGGCCUUCAACAAGAUAUUCUAUUUGCGUUCUUGCAUAAUCGUGUGAACUUUACUUAUCUGUUGGCUCUUAACUGACAUACAGGAGCUAAAUGUACUUGAUUUUGUUGACAUCCUGGUUAUUUUGCAUUCCCUGGUCGUGUGGAAAGAAGAAAAUGAUCUUGGAAGUUGGAACCAGUUGGAAUCAACCUUUGUGAAGAAUAGUCAGGUAUCAGCUGUUUUGGACCAAACUCGUGUAUGGUGUUCUGCAAUGAAACAGUGUUAAACUUUUCUUCCAAGUCUUGACAAAGUUUUGAUGAACUUUUUGAAGUACUUGCUGGUACUUAAAGUUGGAGUGGAUAUUUCAAAGGGGUUUCCGAAAAGUUUCUUAAAUUUGGUUGGUCAACAUCGCAGAGCAAAGAGCGCUGUGUCCCACCGGUAACUUAGCUCGAAGUUAAUUGUGUCUGAUGCUUGCUUGAAAGUGUUUUGCACAAAUCUAGUUCUCUGUCGGAAUAUAAAUCAGUUCCUCACUCUUCUAUAUAAAAUAUAGUGUUCCUUGAAGCAACAGGGUUGGAGGGUAAAAAUGACGGAAAUAUCAACCAAAUUUGAUCUUCAGACAGAAUUUUAGUAAUUCUCAACAUUAACUUAUUAUAAGAACUUGAUUUAGAUUUUGUUAAUAAUUGAGGAAUCCUUUGGAAUCAUCAUGCGUGAAACAAGAAGGAAAGCAUCUGAAGAACAAGGAAAGAGAGGAGUUCUCAAGCGGCAGCAGGCCCAGUCAGAACCCAUCUAUGAGGCUGCUACCCUUCAAGGCAUCUCCGGAUCCGGGGCUGGAUCCUUGGACCAUCUACCCCGCACCCAGAGGCUCAGGGUCUGCAAGAAGCUUCGACAGGAACAACUCAAGAGGUACUAUGAGCAGGAGAGGGCCGAUCAUGAAAAAGGCCGCAGACUCUCGGGGAGAAGACCGCAGACACCAAACAGCAAGGGUGUCAUGGUGAAUUUCGACAUCGCCAACAAACUCAGGGAUGCGGUCGCUAGGUUUGAUGACAAGGAAGUAUUAACUCUGUUGGAUCAAAAUGGAGACCCCAAUACAGCAUCAGAGAGUGGAGUUACUCUUCUUCAUCAGUGCUGUAUGGAUGACAAUCUCUCUGUUGCCGAGAUUCUCGUUCAGAAGGGAGCUGACGUCAACCAAAAGGAUGAAGACCAGUGGACUCCUCUUCACUCUGCCUGUGCCUGUGAUUCGACAGAGAUUGUACAACUCCUCCUAAAUAAUGGAGCCGAUCCCACCCUGAUAGACGUUGAUGGUAACAUCCCAUCAGAUCAAGCACCUGCUGGAUCAGAAACCAAGAUGGUCAUUGAAACACAUAUGAAAGACAAUGGGUUUGAUGAUGUCGCUGUCAAGAACAUCAAGAAGAAGGAAGCGAAGCGGAUGCUGGCCGAUGUCAAAGACUUCAUCGCAACGGGUGGAAACGUGAAUACUGCCAACAAUCGAGGAACAACUCUUCUUCACAUUGCUGCUGCAAACAACUACAGAGAUGUUGCUAAGCUGCUUCUCGACAGAGGAGCAAACAUCGACGUCAUCGAUGACGAAGGAAUAACACCUCUCCACGUCGCAGCCAAGUACGGCCAGACCAAGAUGGUCAAGCUGUUGGUCAAGCGGAAUGCGAACCCACGUGUAAAGAACGUCUUAGAACAAAAGGCAGCAGACUUAGCAUCUUCUGAAUUGAUUGAGGAGUUAUUGAAAGCUGCUGAUCGGGAUUAUAACCCUGUGUGUCCGCCGUCUCCCCUACCCGACCCUGAUGACGAGGAUGAGGUGGAAUUAGAACGGGUCAAUAGCAAAACAUUGCGGUCAAGAGCUACACCUCUCUCAAAGACAGACCAGCUCUUUGAAGCUGAGACGAGGAUACAAGAUGAAGGCGAUAGCUCCCCCACAGCCAAAGCAGUGGAGGAGGAAGAAAAUUUUCAGGGCAUUGGUCUGAAAGUAGUCAAGGAGGAUGAUUCGGCAAAUGAAAAGGUAUACCUGCCUUCACCCACUAAGAGUGAUGAUCUUGCCAUGUUACCAGAGAUGACCGAGAAUGUUAUACUUCAAGAAUUAAUGCUCAGAUACAGUAGAGAUAUCAUCUAUACUUACGUCGGUGACAUCCUAGUAGCAGUCAAUCCCUUCAAGGAGUUACCAAUAUACUCCAGGAAUUCAUCCAACCAAUACUCCAACCUCCUAGAGCGCUCUAAGAGAACCCCUCACAUGUUUGCCGUCGCAGACCGGGCCUUCCAAUCUAUGCUCAGGGAACGCCGGUCUCAGUGUUGCAUCAUCAGCGGGGAGAGCGGGGCCGGCAAGACCGAAUCCUGCAAGUAUUUUGUGCAACAUCUCCUCAGUCGGGCCAACAGCUGCGAGAGCCUUCUGAAUGAGAAGAUAGAACAGGUGAAUCCUUUGUUAGAGUGUUUUGGCAAUGCUCAAACGGUCAUGAAUGAUAACUCAAGUAGGUUUGGUAAAUACCUCGAGCUCAAGUUCUCAGCAGCUGGAAAUGUCGUUGGAGCUCAUCUCUCUGAAUACUUGUUGGAGAAAUCCCGGAUUGUGAGCCAUGGUGAAGGAGAAAGAAACUUUCAUAUAUUCUAUCUUCUAUUUGAUGGCCUAACACAUGAUGAGAAAGAAUACUAUGGUCUCAAGUCACCAGGCCAACAUAGAUACAUGAGAUCAGAGGGUAAACCAACGUUAGGACUGACCAAUCAACAAGCAAAGUUUAGAGCUGUUAGAGAUUGCCUCAGACUCAUCGGAUUCUCAAAUGAAGAUGAGGAGAGUUUGUUUAGUGUGCUAUCCGCCAUCUUGCUCCUUGGAGAUCUCAACUUCUGCACCCAAGAGAACUCGGAAGCUGCCAUUCUGACCAAUCCUGAUGUUGCUGAAAAGGCUGGAGAGCUGCUUCAUAUUCCUGGGGAUGAGAUUGUCGGUGCCAUUCUGUCUGAGACAUCAUAUACCAGAGGUGAAUCCAUUACCAAACAUAGGACCCCUCUCCAGGCUGCUGACUGCCGAGACGCACUGACCAAGGCCCUCUACAGUCGACUGUUCAGUUGGGUCGUCAAUAACAUAAAUCAGUUGUUGGAGCCUUUGGAGAUCAAUCAAGAUAACAUCCUGGAGAUUGGAGUCUUGGAUAUCUUCGGCUUUGAGAACUUCAUCAAGAACAGUUUUGAACAGCUAUGCAUCAACUUAGCCAAUGAGCAGCUUCAGCAUUAUUUCAAUGAGCAUAUAUUCCAGAAUGAACAGGAGGAGUGUGAAAGAGAAGGGAUCCAACUAAACAGGGUGAACUUCACCAGUAACCAGCCGGUCCUUGAUGUCUUUCUUGAGAAACAUCUUAGUAUCACUGCCUUAAUUGAUGAAGAGAGUCAUUUUCCAAAGGGAACCAAUCAGAGUCUAGCAACAAAGCUUCAUGCCGGGCCAGGAGUUAGGUCUAAGGCUGUUUACAAGACUCCUAAAGAUCUCGGCAUGACAUUCUCUGUCCUUCACUAUGCGGGCAUUGUUUGUUAUAAUGUAGGUGGAUUCUUAGAGAAGAAUAGAGACACCCUAGCUAAGUCAGUCCUAUUCACAAUGAAAACGAGCAACAAGCCCUUGAUCCGAGAACUAUUCCAGAACCGUCUGACAAGGACUGGGUCUCUUGCACCCAGCGCUCGUCAGCGGCAAUCAAGACGUACUCGAUCUGUAAAGAAUUCUAAAGAUGCCUUCGCUUUCUUCAGGAAACAGAAACUCUCUGGCAAAGAAAGCAGGCAACAAAAGAGGGGCAAAGGCGAUAGACCAGUUGUAGGCACUGAACGCAAGGGACCAGCAACAGUACUGUUUCAUUUCAAGAACUCUCUUGCCGAGCUGAUGGGCAAAAUGAAGCGAUCUUCUCCUCACUUUGUUCGCUGCAUCAAACCCAACACACACAAACUCCCGGAUAAGUUUACUCCGGAGUAUGUGGUAGCUCAGCUCCGAUAUACUGGAAUCAUGGAAACAUCUCGUAUCAGGAAACAAGGAUUUCCUCUACGUCUCACUCCAGAGGAAUUCGUGGAGAGGUAUGCUGGUCUUGUUGCUAUGGCAACCAUCAAGGUUCAGAUCCUGGCUGAUUUAGAGAAAUGUCGUUUCACCUUGAAAGCUUUGGGCAUCACUGGAUGGCAGAUUGGGAAGACAAAACUGUUCUUUCACUACUGGCAUGUGGAAAAGCUUGCUGAGUUAAGUGCUAAUAUCGACAAAAGAUUACUGUGUUGCCAAAAAGUGAUCCGUGGGUUCCUUGUUCGGAGACAAAUGAAGCACCAAUGGGAGAUCGUCGAGAGCCAGAGAAAGUACAUCGCUAGUUUCCUCUCUGACAUCCAACUCAAGGGGGAGACAUUGAUACAGACCCUUAACAAGUGUGAAGAAGGUUGCCCUGAUGAUGAUAAACAAGAGGAAGAAGAAGAAAAAGAAAUAGAAGAAGAAGAAAAGGAGGAAUUCCAGCAUGCACUGAAUGACCAUGAUGAAGCUAGGAACGUGGAGAAGAUGUUUCUGGAUGUAGCAGAGAGCGAGGAAUCAAGGAUGAGUGCAAUACACACUGUACCUCCUCCUCCACCAUUAACCAAUGGGACUUGCAAGUCGGAGUCCGCUGCUGACUCGGCCUAUGACACCAGUCAACCACCAAGCCCAGGAAAGAUCAGCACCUCAACGGAGGAUGAUGUCUUCCAUGAAGGUGAAAACGGUGCUACAUUUGUCCCUCCUCCUCCGCUAGCCUUCCUCAACGGAAACACGGCGAGGAAAGAAGAAGAGGAUGAGUUGCCGGAGGACUGCGGGUACGUCAGUAUGAAAGAUGCGCCUCCUGCUCUGAAGAAAUCCCUGAAGCUCGAUAACAAUGAGAAUGAGACGGCAGAGAAGGAGAAGAGCAAGAAGGUGGAACCCAGUAAGGAGGAGACCGAUUUGUUGCCCCCUCCCCCACCUGUGGAUCAGCAAGCGAUGGCCAGCUGUCCCAAUCAGGAGUUCGAGUUUCCUCCCCCGCCCCCAAUGGCGGAGAUAGCAGGUGAUACUAAAGAGAACAUUGCAGCCAUCAGGGCGCGCUUCAAACAGCAGGAGGAUAAGCCAAAGGAUGAGCCGCUUCGUGCUACGUCACCGCCGAGGAAAAAGAUUAUCUCGUUGGCACCGGUCAUUGCUGAUGGCGCAAAAAGUGAGAAUCGACCUGAGGUUACCUCUCCUUCUAAAUCCAGGAUCGCAGAACGGAUAGCUCAGCUGAAAGAGCAGGAAGUGGCGAGUGAGAGAGAGUCAACAAGACCAGCUGGUGGUGUAGCGGUAACGAGAGAGAGUGAGUAUGUUAAUUCACCUGGCAGUGAUCAGACGGUCAAACGCAGACCGCCUGCUCCGGUAAGAGACCCAAACACGAGACUGACCAUGAUCGAGAACACAUCGGUUCAGAGAAUGUCCUAUGGGAAUGGAAUGGACGUACGUAUGGUGCGAACACAGAGCCAGGAGUACAGAAUACAAAGCCAAUAUGGCGGAUUGGUGUAUGAUGAUACUGUUGUUGGAAGCACUUACAUUGACAAUGUUGCAUAUCGGAAUUCUAUGGAGCACACGUAUGGGAUUAUACCCGAUGUACCUCCACCACCCGUACAAGCACCCCCACCACCCCCUCCACAGAUACCCCAUCGAGGAUCGAUGAGACCGAUGAGUGUGGCAGCUGUACCCCCUCCACCGGCACAUGCACCCCCACCAGUACCUCCUCCUAUGCCGUCAGCCAAUACCAACAAUACAAACAACAUCUUCAUGCAGAUUCCAGGUGCUAACGCAAGACCCCGAAGCGGGAUACUGUAUCCAGAUGAUGUCCCGCCGCCCCCUGGUGUUGCCCCUCCAGCUCCCCCUCAGCCCCCACCAGUACCAAGUGGUCCCAAGCCAACGCACUUGAUGUCUGCACCUGUUACGUCGCCGUAUGCACCACCACCACCGCCCCCUCCCGCCGUAGCCAGUUUCACCCCUCCACCCCCUCCCCCACCUGUCAUGGGAGGCAUGAGCACACAGCACAUUCCUGCACCUCCACCGGUGGGUGGAAUGGUCCCCCCUCCUCCACCGGCACCCAAUGCCCCGCCCCCACCCCCACCACCUGCAGUUAAUAAGCCCACAGGAGGACUAGGAGGAGGAGGAGGAGGCGGUCUCCUAGAUGGCCUCUCAGCAGUACAACUCAAGACAGUUUCAAAAGAAAAGAAGAAGUCAGUUUCCAACGAGGGCCCCAUGGAUAACCUAAUGGCUGAGCUCCAAAACUUCUCUGGUAGGUUACGCCCCACCCCCAAGCAGAGCAAACCACCUUCACCGGAGAUUAAAGAUGAGACUGACAAUGGUGUCAACCAGUUCCAGCUGAAGUCAACCAAGACAAAUGGCACCAGAUCAGAAACGCCAUCACCUCCUCAGCAACCAUCCCCACCGCAGCACCAGAAUGGUAACAACUCGGCCCAGUCAAACGCCUACCGCCUAUCACCAAACAAUAACAGUGGACCACCUCCCACAACACCAAAGUCACCCAAACCAACUCCUAUGGUAAUGCCUAAACCAGCAAAGGGUAUACCAGCAUCACCCACAAUGGCACCCCCUGCACCACCCAUUGCUCCUGCAGCACCACAGAAGAGCUUCACACCACCAUCACCACCACAGAAGGCACCUGUAGCACCACCACCAACGGCGCAGAAAGUCUCUCCCAAGAGUUCACCCAAGAGACAGGACUACAGUAAGAGAAUCUCAAUGCCUGUAGAAACGAGACCACUCUCACCGACGUCCGUCUCUGCAGUGGGGGAGAGGACUAGGAAGGUGUCUACGCCGUCACUGCCUGUGUCACUACCGGUGCAGCUACCAGAGGGCUAUGAUAAUAUGCCAGCUUGGAAGAAAGCCAUGGUGGACAAGAAACUCAAAGAUGCCAUGGCUAAGGAAGAAGAGGAGAGAAGAAAGCAAGAAGAGGAGCAAUCAAAAUGGAAGGGUGUGCCGGAAUGGAAGCGUAAACUCGUGAUAGAGAAGGAGAAGAAGAAAGAAGAGGAAGCGGAGGCUUCUGUUGAUAAGAACAAGGAAGAACGGGAUGCAAAGCUACGCUCCAUGCCGACAUGGAAGCGGAACAUUGUCAAGAAAAAGCAUGGUGGGGAUGGUGAGGAUGGCACGUCGAAAGGGGCAUCGGGUUUCGAAGAGACGUCGACAGCUCUGUAGAAUAGAACGAUGACUUGUCAAGGAACAAUAUAGCUUGUCAAGGACUUUAUGCCUCUGAUGAGAAACAAUGAGAGACUUGGUGCUAGUGGCUUUUCCAGUAACCAGAUGUACUGAAAGAUUCACAGUGACUGAUUGUCGAUGCUGUGAGCAAUGUAGUCGUCCAGACCUUCAAGAAUAUUGAGCAUGUUGCACAUCUAUUGUAGAAGCACUGGAUGAAGCUACUACCAAGAUACAAUGGUGCUUUCUGGAUUUCUGUAAAAGUCUGUCAUCUCUACAAUGGAGUUAUCCUAUGUUCAAGGACAAUGAUGGUUUCUAAGUAAUGUUGUACAGCCAAUGAGAACAGCACGAUGUUAGCUGAUGAUCACGAUGGAAAUAUAUGGUGUUGGGACUCUUGGAUCACUUGACCACAAUAACUUUUAAUCGAUGUGAUCCAUGCAUUAAACCUUUAGGUAUUGACAUAAUCAGUAAUCGAUUUGAUCAUGUCUUCUUCCACCUGAUCAGAAGAUAUUCUAGGAUGUAUUCUGUGCUGGCGAAGAUUGACACUUAUUCUAGUUUCAAGGGGUAAAAACUCUUUGAAUCUCUUCUAUUGAAAACAAUAGUUGUUUUUCUCACUGGUAGAAUAAGUGAACGGACCCUGAUGGUAUUGGUCAGUUAAUAACAGAGCCUGCUAUUCACUAUUUCUAUAUGUAGAUCAUAAAUUAUUACAAUGACUGGCUUCUGAGAGCACCCUCCCAAAUAUAUUGGUGUAUAAGACAAGAUUGUUAGCUUGAGAGAGAAUUACAUGUAGUACUUCAGAAAACAUGAUCUGAUUUUAAGUCAAAUAAGGUUUUCUUUUCACAGCAGUGAAACUGCAAUGUUCAAGUGUGUGUACAUAGAUUUACAAAACAACGAUGGUAAUAUUUCUGUGAUCAAAAUCAUGUAUGUUACCCUUGAGGAGCAAAUAGGGAAAGAAAACAUUUGUCGAGAGGUUUACACUGCACGUUUUCACCCCCACAAAUUUUUUCCCUCAUCUAUUUUUGUCACACCACUCCAGAGUCACACCCAUGUAUAAAUGUACUUGACAUAAUGCAAUUAUGAAAGUCUAAAUAUGUUGAAAAUUAUUCCAUUCUUGAACCAACAUGUCACAGACAAGAUAUUACUGUCAACAUAAUGUUGGAUUGCAGCUGAGGCAAUCAGCAAAUCUCAGAUAGUCUUUGUUUCUGACUUGAAUGCAAUUUAUCCAAUGGUGCAUAUAGAGUGCACUUGAUGAAAAGAUGUUGUCUGUGUUUUGAUUUGUAACAUGUAUAUACAGAGCAAUAUAUAUUUGUAAAUACUGUGAGAGAAACACAUUGUUGAUAAAAAAAAAACAGACACAUCUUGUUCAUGUGGCAUUCAGAAAAAUAUGUAAGAAAGUUGCGUGAUUAAUCUAUACUCAAUGAAUGUGUUUUAUUUGUUCUUAACACAUUCAAAUCACCAAUACAUCUGGUUUCUGAUGAUGAAUAUUGCACAGUUGUGACUAAAUGGAUUAACUGAAAUGCAAUUUUUAUUGUUUAGGACAGCAGGAGAAGAUUAUUGAAAUUGGCAUUCAAAUAUGUCAUACCUAAUGACACUUAGGCUAGGACAGAGACUUGGAUUAUCAUACUGUUUCAUGACAAAUGCAUAGAUUUACACCCAUUAUAAGAGAAUGACUUGGAAAGUAAUAUUUCAAAGAUUUAUAUCAUGAUGCAAGUGAAGGCCUUUCACUAUAAUUAUUAUUAUCCCUCCCUGUUUUGCAUUCCAUGAUUUCAAAUAAAUUCCAGUCAAAAGAAAAUGAAAAUAUUGAAGGAUGCAUCAAAUAUUCCACAGAAUAUUCUACUUUGGCGCAUUCCAUUUGCACUGUAUAAACAUUUUACACUCUUUUUUUUUGCAGUUACAUUAUUUAAAAACCCAAUUUUAUCACAUUUGAGACACAUGUAUAGCAAAUGAUAGUUAAUAUACCUUUACACAGUGUAGAUCAACACAGAGUACAUGACAUGUUAGAAAUGAACACGAGAUACAAUAGGUAUCUCAUGUAUACUGAUUAGCUAUAAUUAUGUACUAUCCUUAUAUAAUUUCCAUGUUGCAAUGUCAGGCAUGCUUUUGCAAUGAGGAAGGCAAGUGACGUGCAAUUGCCUUUUUACGUCUGUUUUGAUUUUAUGUAUUUGUUUAUCUAUAUUUCCUACUGACAUAUUUAUUAUUUGUGUAAUGUAAGUAGGGUAUAGUGCAUUGUAGUUGUGUGCAAAAGAU